UAUGUGCUGUGCUGCUGCCACAUAAUUGUCUGAUUGAAUAAUUGCAUGAAUCAUCAGGGGUUUUGUGAGUGUAUAAAGGACAUAAAGACAGUUUAAUGAAAUAAUUAGGGAAUGAAUGGGUUCUAUUUCUCCUGUCUUAACACACUUUUUGUUUGUAUGUUCCAACGAAGUCAAGAAGUGACUAAUGGAGCAAUAUUAACAGCUUUUGCUUACAGUGAUACAAGUAACCUAUAAACACUAUGCAAAGUAUUCCACAUCCUCCACUGUCUAGCUAACCAGUAGGACUGUAGCUACUUGCUGCUAGCAUGGUUAAUUGCUUUUCCCUUGAUACUCAACACUAGGGCUGGAGUCACGCUUCCCUUUGUUCGCCCUCAUUCUCUCUGUGGGGUUUGUUUCUCCCUCAGCACUAAUCUCAUGAUGGCAUGGUGAUAAAUACCAACAUGGCGUGCUCAGCUGGCACAUUUAGACCCUUCUUUUAGUCAAAUAUCCAUGUCCAACGAUGACUGAUAAACAUAAUAAGACACCCAGACAGCAAUCCGAGGCCAUUUCUUGGCAAAUUAAUGAAUAGGUAGCAGACUAAUAUGACGACUACUGUAUAUAUUUGGACAGUGGCACAAUGAGAUGUUCAGCUUUAAUUCAAGGUGUUUAACAAAAAUAUUGCAUCAACCCUUUAGGAAUUACAGCCAUUUUUUCAUAGGCCCUCCAUUUUCACAGGCUCAAAAAUAAUUGGACAAACUAACAUAAUUAUAUAAAUAUAUGGAUUAAUUUUAAUACUUGGAUGCAAAUCCUUUGCAGUCAAUGUCUGCCUGAAGUCUGGAAACUAUGGACAUUACCAAAUGCUGAGUUUCCUCCCUUGAGAUGCUUUACCAGGCCUUUACUUCAACUGCCUUCCGUUGUUGCUUUUUUUGGGGGGGUGUUUCUGCCUUUAGUUUUGUCUUCAGUAAGUGAAAAGAAUGCUCAGUUGGGUUGAGGUCAGGUGACUGACUCAGCUAAUUAAGAACAUUUCAUUUCUUUACCCUAAGAAGGUCUUGGGUUACUUUUGCGGUAUGUUAAGGAUAUGUUCAGUUCCAUCUGAACUGUGAAGUGCCGUCCUAUCAGUUUUGCAGCAUUUGACUGAAUCUGAGCAGAAAGUAUAGCUCUAUACACUUUAGAAUUCAUCAUGCUACUUCUAUUAGCAGUCAUAUCAUCAAUAAACACCAGUGAUCCAGUUCCAUUGGCAGCCAAAAAAUCCUUAUGCCAUAACACUGCCUCCACUAUGUUUGACAGAUGAUGUGGUAUGCUUUGGAUCAUGAUGCCUUCCUUUCCUUUUCCAUAUUCUUCUCUUAGCAUCAUUCUUGUACAAGUUAAUCUUGGAUUCAUCUGUCCAAAGAAUCUUGUUCCAGAACCAGGCAGGCUUUUUAAAAGUUAAUGCCUAAUCUGUCUAAUCUGGCCUUUCUGUUCUUGAGUGUUACCAGUGGUUGCAUCUUGAGGUAAGCCCACUGUAUUUACAUUCAUGAAGGCAUCUCUUGAUUGUAGACUUUGACAAAGAUACACGUAACUCCUCAAGAGUAUUCUUGACUUGGCUAGAUGUUGUGAAGGGGUUUUUCUUCACCAAGGAAAUAAUUCUGCGAUCUUCCACUUUAGUUGUCUUCCAAAGUCUUCCAAGCCUUUUGGUGUUGCUGAGCUUGCCAGUGCAUUCCUUCUUUUUAAGUAUGUACAAAAUUGUUGAUUUGGCCACUCCUAAAUUCCUAAAGUAAAUCUUUUAUCACCUUAAUUUGUCAUGAAAUAAUGAGGAAAUGUCAGGUCAACUCCCAUAGCGAACUCAGUUUCCCAGAGCGCACCACGGCCUACAGACAUGGCCAUCCCGGACUACACAUCCCAUAACUCAUAAACUCUGACAUGCUCACAAUCACCAGACUUCUGAUUGCACUCACCUGUUUCCAAUCACAUGCUCACCCUUUAUAAACAGACUUUGGACACUGCCUCAUUACAAAGUAAUGCUCUGUGUGCAUACAUCUGACUUAUGAAGCCUUCAAUUCCGUGAUUGUUAUUCUGGUUGUGAUCCCGAUUGUUUCCUGGUUUCUGUAUUUUUGGAAUUGCCCCGUUUAUGUUGUUUGUUGAUUGCCUGACCAUUGCCUGUUCACUGUUUUCGACUUUGCCUAAUGAUUUGGAUUUGUCUGCCAGCUCUUCAAAUGCUUAUCAGUUAAUUGUCCAAUUACUUUUGAUUGAUUGAUUUGACACAUUGCUGGCCCUUCUGAGCUGGGAUUAUUGAAAACAAGUAAUUUUUCGAUAGUAUUGUCAUUUUUGUGGAUGCUGUUUUGACAAGGGAAUAGAAGAAGGUUUAUCUAGCAUAGGAGAUCAUUACUUAUGGAACGCAGUAAGGGGUUAAUGUUGUUUGUGUAGCUCUGACAGCUGGGAGGAGAUUUUGACACCUAGGUAUGUGAUGGAGUCAGUACUUAUGGGGAUGGGUAGAUAUUGGUUUGCAGUGUCUGAAACAUUCAUGUUGAGAGGAAGCAUAGUGGAUUUGGUCCAGUUCAUAGAGCAACUGGAUAUUCUAAAUGGGCCAAUGUGCUAAAUCAAAUAUGCGGAACAAUGAUCCGCUGUGGCGUCCCCUAACAGGAGCAGCUGAAAGAACAACAGGAUAUCAUAUCCUUUAUAAUUUCUAUUAUUAAUCUGUUAAACACUGGUCCUAAUAUAUUCCAGAAGUGUUUAUAAAACUCAGCAGGAAAACCCUCACUACCCCAUAUAGCUUCCAUAGAGUUAUUAUUGUACCUAUUGGUGAAAAUGGGAAGGGGUUUGUCAAAUUAGUCUAGUUCAAAAAUAUGCCACUAUGAUCUUGGUCUAUGGCAAAUAAUCGGAAUUAAAUCUAAUACAUUUCUGCAAAGUGUACAUACAGUGUGUUUAAAUGUGUCAGUCUUUUCUAAUGCCCAAACUUUUUGGGCUAGUUUCAGGUCUUUUGUGUAGUCACCCGGCCUUCUGCAGGAUAUAAAAGAAAAUGUGAUUUAUCAGACCAGGCCACCUUCUUCCAUUGCUCCGUGGUCCAGUUCUGAUGCUCACCUGUCCAUUGUAGGCACUUUUGGCAGUGGACAGAGGUCAGCAUGGGCACUCUUACAGGUCUGAGAACCGACUGGUCACUUGCUGCCUAAUAUAUUUCAACCCUUGACAGGUGCUAUUGUAAUGAGAUAAUCAAUAUUAUUCACUUCAACUGUCAGUGGUCAUAAUGUUAUGGAUGAUCGGUGUGUGUAUAUAUAUAUAUAUAUAUAUAUAUAUAAUCACUUAGUAUAAUCACUUAGAUAUGGGGCAAUUCUCUGUCAGUGUAGUCAGUAUAUAGUCUGUCAGUGUAGUUUAGGCAUCUACUCUGGUUAGCAUGUUCUUCUGACAUUUGUAGCACUUUUAACUUUUAUAUUCUGUCCUUAGAGCAUCUUGACUUAGAAUGCCUGUGUAAACUUAGGCCCAAUCCCAAUUCUAUUUUAUACCCCUAUGCCAACCCUUUCCCCUUGUCCCUUGAAACAGAGUGUCAAGGGGUAGGGGUUAAAAUAUUCCCCUAAGAUUUGGGACACCACUACUCUACCGUUACACGUCAUCAUACGUCAUCAUACGUCAUCACUGUAUACUCUCUCAGAAGCAUCAGAGAAGACACAAAGCUCUUUAAACUUGGCGCCUGACAGUGAUGUGUGCCCAUACCUUCUUGGGAUUUGUACAUGCUGCAAUUCUUGUAAAGAAUCUCUUCACUCUCCCACAAUUUUUGUUUAUCUGUGGGUAAGAGAGCAUCGCAGGCAGCAGAAUUUAGAGUCAGCUCCCCCAGAAGAGCCUUGCCUUGAACUGUUACAGGAGCCACAAAUCCAAGUGGAUAGUACAAGCUGUGUACUACUGAUAGUACUCUGUGUCUAGUGAAAGGCCUUUUAUCACUCUGGUCUUGAAAGGUGAAGCUAUAUGCAUCCAGAUUCCAAAGCAAGCCAAGACUACCUUGCAUGGGAAGCAGGCCAGCACCUAAAUCCAGACAUGUUGUGGAUCCUCUUUGGCAAAUCAAUUGCCGCUUCUGGGGAGGGUAAGGAUUUUAGUCCAUCGUCCAUGUAAAAAUCUCACUCAGUGAACUGUUGAGUAUCUUGACUGAAUUCGUCUUCACUUUCUUGAACUGCACAUAGAAGGCAGUAAAUGGCUACUGUAGGAGAGGGACUAUUCCCAAAUACAUUCACUUUCAUGCAGUAUUCCAUGAUUUCAUUCUCUGGGCUGUUGUCAUGAAACCAGAGGGACCUCAUGUAGUUCCUGCCUGCUGGUCGUACUUUGAAGCAGUGGAAAAUUUGUUGUAUGUCCACAGUGAAAGCAACAGGCUUUCUCCGAAAGCACAUGAGAACUCCAAGGAGACUGUUACUGAGAUCGGGUCCAGUUAAGAGAACCUUAUUCAGCGAGAAAACGUUGUACUGUGCACUUGAAGGCUACAAAGUCUUUUUUCAUUUCAGGCUUUCUCUUGAAAUAUCAUUGUAGUGAAUUAAGGUGUUCCACAGCCAGUGAAUGAUUGAAUGAAGGCAUGGCCUUGGCUGUCUGAAUGGAAGUGGGGAAACCCAUGAAUUUUACUCAUUUUUGUAGAUCUCUUUGUCCAUGAUCCAUAGGAAAAGCAUGUCUUCAAUAGACAGGGCUAUCUUUUCAUCAUCUUUUAUUCUCUGAAACACAUUCCAUACUGAUGUCUUUCGAGUCUCUCCUUUGAGAAGAUCUCUGUGAGGCUUGGGGAGUGAUAAACCUAGACAACCUUUCCAUAACUUUAUAGUUAAUAGGACACUGGUGGAAAAAGGUAGGCUGUCCAUUCUCCAAAACAUUAGUGCUAAGUUUGAACGAAAGUUGGUUUAUGAACCUUUCCGAGGCACGUAUCUCCAAUAAUUACCUAGCCUAAUUCUAAGCUUAGACUUACGGGUGCAUAAGGCACACUGGGUGGCCCACACACUUGUUUAUAGGCCUUAUUAUAUCUCUGCUCAACAGAAGGAGAAUGUAGGCUUGGUGAUUGAGCUCUGGAAUACUCUUUACAAGAUGUUUCAGGUGAGUAGGGUUAAGUGCCACUUCUGGAAUGGGGAUCUCUGAACAAUUGUCUGGAAUCUCGUUGCACUAAAGUAAUACUGGCAAUGGUAAAACUAUGCUUCCUUCAAAAGACUCCACCUGAAAGCCACGUGCUUGUCUACCUUCUGUUUCAGCUGUACCUGCUCGUGUUCUGAGAGUGUAUGGUAAAUUACAGUCUUUAUGCCAAAUAGGUCAAAAAAGUCUGACCUUGCAAGCGAUCUGUUGCUCCGAUCGUUUAAUAUUGCCUGACUGCCUUGUCUGGGUGUCCAUCAGGAUAUACAUUCACCAGGCAGACUUUUGAGCAUGAGUGUGUCAAUUGGUUGUUUCCACAUAACCCUGUGCAAGCUGAGGAAGCUCCUAUCUCUACAGGUAUGUCUCUGUUUCUCUGUUGUUCUCUAGAGCUGGAGAUUUUGAAUCUUUGGACCAUGACUUGGUCACAAGUCUUUGCCAUGUGUGCAGUAGAACUACAGCAUUUGUAACAUAUGCCAUGUUGCUUUAACAAUGCUUUUUUUCCCCAUAGGUUUCACUCUGAAUCCCUGAACCUGAGAAGAGGAUGAGGCUUAUUGUGGUGCAGGCACUGUUCUACCGGGUCUACUUUAUCCUUGAGGUCACUGAAAGCUGAUGGAUUUUCAGAGGAGACCUGAAUCUUGUGUGUGGCAACAGCCCUUGUGUUGUAGGUACAGCCCACAUGUACCUUUAAGUAUGCUUUUAUGCGUUCUUUUGUGUCCCCUACUGACAACUCUAUUUUGCUCAAAUUCUCUCCAUUUUCAUGCUCUGCAGCUAUCUCUAAGGCCUCUGCCCUUGCCUGUAUAGCUGCAGCUCUCUUUUCAAGCUAUAGAGUUUCUAAUGAUGCCUCCAGUUGUGCUUGCUAUAUUUUAAGUUUACUUUAUUUUUUGGCAAAUGCUACUUCAGCUUUAGCUGCUUGAGCCUCUGCUCAAGCCAUUGUAGCAGCAGUUACAACAGCUGAUGAGCAGUGUGAGCACCGGGAUAAGCAUGAUGCAUUGGAUCUGCGCCUCAGUGAUCCAGACUUGGAACUUGACUUUGACAUCGUAAGAAGGAAGGUUUGGCUUAUGAGCUGGCUCGCGCCUCGUUUUCUCACACACUUAUGAGAGCAGCUUAUUUUCUAGAAAAAUAGAAAAAAUAAUUUCCUGUCUGCUAGGAAAAAGGCCACUGUUGGUGAUUCCCAGUCCUCCAGAAAAGCAAGAAAGGUAAAUAUAUGUCACAGUAACAGGAGCACCCAGAAGUAGAACACAAACACCGGGGCUAAAGAUUAAACAGGUUUUAUUGGAGGUUGGGGUAAAUGGGAGUGUGUGUGAAAGGAGAGUGAUCAUUAGGUCAGGAUACGAACUCUGGGGGGUUUAUAUACUCUGUAGGUUGAUGAAGUGGUGGGCAGCAGGUACAUUCACUGGAGCAAUCAGGGAGAGGCGUGAACAGGAUUGCUACGCCCAGACACACACACCCACACACAUACAAACAGAAACGAGAGAAAACACUGGAAACGCAAAGAAGGGGAAAACACAGGGAAACAAACGGAAAAUGGGGAGACACAGAAAGUCAUCCCUGGCAAUGACAGUAUUUUUUUUGUUUGUUUACACUGCUGCUUUUAUGGAACCCCCUCGUUUUUUUUUUUUUUUAUAUAAAAUUAAAUUUAAAAAAACGGAAAGACAUUUUAAGGAUAAGUAUAAAGCUAUUGGUUUCUUUAUUUUGUAAAAUUGUGGCAAAACAUUCCAAAGUAACAAAGUAAUCAGCCCAAAGUAGUAGUAAGUGACACUUGUGUUGUAGUCAACCCGAUGUACAGUGGUUCAAACUAAGUUUCUAAAUAACUGAAACUUGUUGUGUUGUAGUGAACGCAACAUACUGUGGUUCACUAUAAGUUUAAAAGUACUAAAACUGAAGCAGUGUAGUUAGGCCUGACAUACUCUAGCAGUAAACUAAAUAAUGUGUUUUAGUUUCACAUUUAAAUUAAGACCUGAAGCAGUGUGAUAUAGAUUAAUUUAAACCUGUUACCUGUAGUGAAUGUCUGAAAUGGAUGGGUCCAAAAAAAAUUUGUAUUGUAAAGCCAGCAAAAGUAUUUGUUUCCAAAACCCUAGAAAAUUCAUGUGUGGGCUGAGUUACAGUAUCUGCUUUACAUAAUGUGAAGCUAUAAAGUCAUAAACUAUUGAAUUGCUGUACAGUGUAAGCAUUUAUUAAUGGAGACAGCUGCACCUACUGUCUCUUGCGAGAACAGUAGGUGCAUUUCAACCUGGUGAAAGAUAUCCUGCAGGGUUCUUGUCAAAUCUAGAGUAUGUGGUGAAUCUGAACAAUUUGUCUGAUUUGGGUGCUUUAACAGUGAAAUUUUUCCAUGUGUCUGAUGAUACAAUUGGGGUCAUAAAUUUACAUAUGUCUUGCAGAAUCUGCAAAAUGUUGAUAAUUAAAAAAAAAAUGAUAAGAGGGAUCAUGAAAAUUGCAUUUUGUUUUUUAUUUGGUACUGCCCUGAAUAAGCUAUUUCACAUAACAGAUGUUUACAUAUAGUCCACAAGACAAAAUAAUAACUGAAUUUACACAAAUUAACCAGUUCAAAGGUUUACAUAUGCUGUGUAAUAUGAACUGUAAUAGUGUGUGUUAUUACCUGGAUGAUCAAUGACUGUUUUUAUAUUUUGUGAUAGUUUUUAAUGAGUCCCUUGUUUGUCCUGAGCAGUUAAACUGAACACUGUUCUUCAGAAAAAUCCUCCAGGUCCUGCACAUUAUUUGGUUUUCCAGCAUCUUCUGCCUAUUUGACCCCUUUCCAACAGUGGCUAUAUAUGACGGUGAGAUCCAUCUUUUCACACUGAGGACAACUGAGGGACUUGUACACAACUAUUACAAUUCCUUAAAACUCAAAUAGAGCAAUCAAAGAAGAUCUAGCAGUGGUCCUGUCCUGGUGAACCUGACAGAAUAGGUGGAUCAAUGGUGACCAGUUCUAGAGGAGCUCCCAACUAUCCAAAGGAAGCCCAAUUAUGGAGGAAGUUUUUGGGAUUCAUGGAUGGCAUUCUUGGGUGCCACUGUAACAGAUAAUUAAACAGGAACUGGGAAAGAAAGAACUGAUUCAAGGCCUUCCAUCUACACCUAAAGGAACUAAAGGAGGAAAGGAGAUUGUACAGGGCAUCUGCACAGUUGCACUCACACUGUCCAUUACAGUCAAUUAUUUCACACAUGGAGAAAAUUAGUUUCACUUUUGCACAGCUCUUUGUGUUUGUGAUGGUCCAGAUGUCUCUCCCUAGCUUAAAUUUGAUUUAACUUUGUUUCAAAUUUUAGAUGAACUCUGUGUGAUUAUUGGAUACAGUGCAGGUAACAGAUACCAGUGUGUGUAUUCAAUGACAAAUUGGGGCAACCUAAGGUAGGACGGCACUGGCACUGGGCAUCCAAGCGAGGCGUAAUUUUAUGUAAAGCUUUAGGGCCAAAAAGCAUCAAAAGGGGAAUCUGUAAGAAAUGAUAGAGCCUGCUAGACAUGUGGGUUUUGAUCUGGUGUAAUCUCAACCCAAACACCUCAGUUUCAUCACUCUAACUCCCAGCCCUGGUUCUAGACUGCGCUGACUGGGAGAGAGUAAAACAUAAUGGGUUGCAUAAUCUUUAGUUAGUCAGAUUAUAUAAAAGCCAGAACUACUGUAUAUUUAUGGCUUGAUUCAAAUGGGAUAUAAAUUGGAGAUCAUAGCCUUACUAAUAUUUUAAUAAAUAAAAUGUUAAAAAAAAAAGCGCCAGCUAUAUUUACAGAAUGAGAAUUGCUCAUUCUGAAUAAGGAUCAGGAUAUAAUAAGGAUAAAACAAUAAGAAAAGAGUGGAGGAAAUCAAUGAGAAUAGUAAAAAGAUUAGGAAGAAAAAGCAACAGUUGGUCAUUUAAAAAAAAAUUGACAAAACAUAAACAAGUCUUAUUACUGUAAAUGCCCAGAAUGGUAACUUAACAGUGAACAUGAGAUGUGAAUGCUAUGAAAUGCAAAUUACUGAACAACAAUCCCAUUUCCAAGGAACUCAGCUACUAUAUACAUAUACAUAAAUUAAACUGAUAUUUGCAAAGUUUGGACCUAGUAACCAAAACCUAAAAAUGUCUACUGGUCAAAACAGCCUGUAUUAUAACUAAAAACUUUAUACUGAUUCUGUAUUAUAACAAAGUCUGCCUUCUGUUUCUUUUGAAAAAACCCUCACAAACCCAUCCAUGUCAAGAAUAUUGGUUAUUGACAUCUCAUAUGCCAAAAUCACUAAAUUUAUUUUUCUUUCUGAAGCAUUUUGCAACAGAAGGGGGUAAGAACUUGUGUCAGUGUUGAGAACGAACUUUCACAUGAUGUGAGAAUGCCCCUAUUGGGCAGUGGUGGCUCAAUGGUUAAGGCAGAAGGUUGGGGGUUCAAGCACCAGCACCACCAAGCUGCCACUGUUGGGCCUUUGACCCUAUUUGCUCCAGGGGUGCCAUAUCAUGGCUGAUCCUGCACUUCCUAACAUGCUGGGAUAUGUGCAGAAAAGAAUUUCACUGUGCGGUAAUGUGACAAAUAAAAGCUUCUUCUGUCAAGAAUAUCUUCAGUAGCAUAGGUCUUGCAACAUUAAUUUAUUUUGGCUAUAUCUAACUAAUUUGUCAGAUUUUCUGUGUCAGUGUCACAAGUUGCUUCAGGGGUUCUAAUAAGGCCAGAUCAUUGCUCAUGCCUCCUGGCAGAACUGGUGUAACUUAGGUUAGGGGCUUCCUCCUUUCAGGCCAUGGUGAUUUGGACUCUUAAUGGUGAAAAUACCUUGUUUUCUUUGUUGUACCUCUUUCCUUAAUGAUACAGUGUCUGUGUAGUCCCACGAUUUUUAUAUUUACAUACAAUUGUUUGUACAGAUGCUCGUGGUACCUUCAUUUUUCAGGAAAUUGGUCCUAAGGAGGAACUGGACUUGUGGAGGUCCAUCAUUUUUUUCUGAGCUCUUGGCUGAGUUGCUUGGAUUUUCCCAUGGUACCAAGGGCAAAAAGCACUGACUCCCAAGUUAGGCCCUUUUACAGUCACUUGUGCACUUCCAGUUAACUCCAAAUUAUGGCAAAUCAUAGGCUUCUAAAUGUCAUUACAUCAAUUUCUGAGACUGUUUAAAGAUAUGUUGGUGUAUGCACAUUGUUGACCAUAUAUCAUUCUAAUAUAGUGAGUUAAAGAAGAAAUAAAUCUGUCUCUAAUUGAUUGCUUUAAAAUGACCUCUGAUGUGAACAAAGUAGAUGCCCUAAUUGACUUGCCAAAAGAAAUGUAGGUUAAAAUGAAAUGUGCAGAGUUGUAAAAAACUAAGAUUGAAUAUCUUUAGCCUAAGCAUAUGUAACUUUUGCCCUCAGUUGUAUAUAUUUUUUGUGUGGGCAGCAUGGUGGUACAGUGGGUAGCAUUGCUGCUUUACAGUUUCAGGUCCCCCAGUUCAAUCCUGAGCUCUGAUUACUGUCUAUGCAGUAUGAGUUGCGCACUUUCUCGCUGUAUCCCUGUGGGUUUCCUCUGGAUUUUCCAGUUUCUCCCACAUUUGGGUUCUUUCUACUCUAAAAACAAAUAUGUGUGUGCAUGGUACCCUGUGAUGGACCCAUUCUGGGUGUAUUCCCACCUCAUGCCCAGUGUUCCCAGAACAGGCUCCAGAUCCAUUUAUAUGUCAGUUUACAGCAUUUAGCAGACAGAAGUGCUUUGUAGUCUCCAUCAAAAACAUAUCCUCCACUACACUGACCAGAAUAAAAUGGUUACUGUGGGCAAACAUUACAUCAGCAUGUUUACCAAAUAAAGACAUGAUCAAGUAAUUAGAGGUGUGGAAUUAUCUCCCUGUGGCCUAAUCUGGGCCAAAAGCCAUUUGCACAUUUACACUCUGCUUCAGUUAAUUACCAAAGGAAGCAGAUAGUGAAUUAGGUCUCUUAUGACCAAGUGGCCCACAGCUACAUACGUCAAUGGCUUUCUCAAAUAACAUAUAAUAAAAUGUUACUUGUACUAGAGAAUGUGUUUUAAUAAUUCAGAAUCUGCUUGUCUUUCACAACACAUAAUUAGCCACACAGGAUUUAAGGACAAUGUUGACAUGUUUAAUUAACUAACAAGUGCCAAUGUGCUGCAUACUAUGUCUGUUUUUGUUCUGUCUGAUGAUGUAGAUUUGUUGAAUAUCAACUUUAUUAUGUAAGUAGCAUACAUUACAUUGCCAUUAUUCUGGCUCACUCGGUGUCCAUCACCAGCGUCAAUGCACUACAACAAAGUGAUAAUUGUGUUGCUAUUUACAGGUGUUUUAUAACUAAAGCAACCAUGAGGACAAAUAAAUAAGCCAUAGAGAACAAAUAGCAUUUAACUAAACAUCAAAGGUUUCUAUUAAUAAUCUUAUAAUAAAAAGUCCACAGAUAUUUCAGAAUCAAAGAACACCCAUGUUUAAAUUACAGAAAAAGCAUAAAAUAUUGAUAAACAACAGAUACACAUAGUUUAACCUGGCCACUGUCCAAUCCUGCCUUAAACUAAUUUUUAUUUUCUGAAAUGACAAGAUUAUCAUGUUUGUAACUUGUGAGCUACUUAAUGUCACUCAGACAUGCAUGCACUGAGAAGCCCAUAGCCACAUACCACAUCAUUUGAUGCAAUAAAGUGUCAGCUAGUUUCAGUGAUAGUGUUAGUGAUAGAAGGUUUGUGAGUGUAUAAUCUAUUAGGUAUGAUAAUUACUAUAUGGUCCAAUUUCUAAAUUCUUUUAAUAUCAGAACCGUUGAAAUAAGAGGUUAUAUUAUUACAAAUAUAAAAUUAUUCAUUGGUGACUUCACUCUGGCUAAAAGUAUUCAUACUUACCUAUAAGGUUCAUUCAACACAUACAUACAUUGUAUAAAAAUACAUUUUACACAGAAGUGAUUUAAAUAACUGAAUAACGAACUUUCAUUACAUAUGGUAGCUAACAAAUAAGAAAAACACUGUGUCAUAGGUUUUAUAUGCAAACACUGGAAAUGUAAAAUAUUGGAGAAAAAUGCUGUUAAUUACAAAAGCAGUGUAUAGUGACAAAGUUAAGCAAAUCUCUAAGGAAUGAUCUUUUUCCUCACAUGAUGAAGACGAAAUGUAUAAAACUUGGCUCCCCCCUCAAACUAUCCUUUAAUUGCUCUGCUAACAGAGACUGUGGUAAGUAUUUAAUCAUUCAAUUUUAAUAUAAUCCAGAAUUCAUGCCAUAUUCUGUUUUAAUUUAUUAAAUUCAGUUUUCAACCAAUUAAUUUCAACUUUCAAUUUUUUCAGUUGUAUUUAUGCCAUAAACUGAUGCUAAGCUUAAAAUGUCCACUGUAAUGUUUGUUUCAACAAACAAGUUGUUUUCAGACCAAGCAACAAGAAAACUCUUGUUUGCUGUUUGUUUUUUGUUAUCCUAGAUCUAACACACCUCAUUCAAAUCAACAGAUAUUUGUCAAGCCCUUUUAAUAUAAAUGUUAGCACCCACUUUUUAUUCACUUAAUUUCAAAAUCAACUGUAUUCCAGCAUUUUUCCUUUUGCAUUUCAGGCUCUGCAAAGUCCUUGACAUUAUGCAAAAUCUGACUGAAUUCCCAGGCAAUGCCACGUCCAGCAAUAGCACAUCGAUUAUCCUAAAGGUGUGUGUGGUGAUCCCGCUGUUCAGUGCCUUUCUCUACUGCAUUCUGCUGAUGCUGCAUACAUUUGCCUCACACCGGCAAUUCUUUGAUAGCUCACGCUACAUCCUGUUUGCCUACAUGCUGGUCAAUGAUACAUUGCAGUUACUCUCCUCUGUGCUGCUCUUUCUAUUCGUCAUGGGCAAUGUGAAAUUCGCCAUCAUCUACUGUGCACCACUUCUCUUUGUCUCUGUUGCAACCUUUCAGAAUGGCCCACUAAUCCUAGCUGCCAUGUCACUGGAACGCUACGUGGCUAUCUUCUACCCACUACGCCAACCAAUCUCCUGGAGGCCUGAAAGAAUUUGGGUGAUUGCUUUGAGCUUGUGGAUCAUCAGCUGUAUCCCUCCUGCAGUGGAUUUCAUCCUGAUGCGCCCCAAUGUGGCCUGGGAUGUCUUCACCACCCCAGUGGUCUGCAAAACCACAGUUCUCAAUGGCUUGCCCAUCCAGACUGUCUUCAAAGUGGCUGUGAACACAGUAUUCUUUGCUGCGGUGGCCGCUAUCAUUCUUUUCACAUACAUUCGGAUCCUUCUGGAGACUCAGAAGAUGCGUCAGGACCGGGCCUCAGUAACCAAAGCCCUGCACACUGUGGUGUUGCAUGGAUUUCAGCUGCUUCUGAGCAUGAUGGUCUUCACAUUCCCCAUUACUGAAAACUUGAUUGUGCUGAACAUCAGAUGGAUGCAGGAACAUAUUCAAUUUUUCAACUACUUCUGCUUUGUGUUGCUGCCACGCUUUCUCAGCCCACUCAUUUAUGGCCUCAGAGAUGAGAACCUGAGGAGCUACAUGAAAAAAGCCAUGCCUUGCUGCAGGGCUCGUGUUGGGCCACGUAAAGCAGUCAAAAUUCCAAAAUAAACGUUAAAUGCAGGGGACAGCAACCAAGAUGUACUGUCAUUGUUUUUUUUCAUGAGUUUAGUAAGGCUGGUUUCUAAUGCCAUUGAAAAAUAUAUAUAAAGUCAAUUUAAAGUCUUCCAUGACACACCAUAACCAGUAUGUGUAAUAAUUUGAUAAGGACUGGUGUAUCAUUCAAAUUAUCUGAAUUAAAUUCAACUGUGUAUAGUUAGAAAAAUGGCAUAAUUAAAAUGUUAAAUGUAUAUAAAUGUAAAUGUUUUUUACCAUCAUCCAAUGAAUCGUUAGUGCUGCCUUCAAGAAUAAACUGAUAGUUUCUUAAGAAAUUUAUAUAUAGCUACAUGUGUUUAGAACAUAUAUAGCUACAUGUGAUUUUGUUUCAUUAAAGCAAUUUAUGCAACAGCAUAGAUUAUUUGUAAUAACAAGUACUGGAUUAACAAAAUCAACUGUGUAUAAAGUGCAUUAUACCCAAAUACUUGCU